GAAGUUUUCUAUCAUAAGUUUUUAAGUGUUUGCAUAAUCCAGACGUGCCCAACAAGUAAAGAAAGUUGCAUCAUGUCGUGCCCGUUUUUAAGUCGCUUCAGUGCAAAUUAUGUUCGGAAUUAUUCUGAGUUUUUGGUGCAAACUUAUGGCGUUUAUUGUCCUGUGUUGAGCAAACAAUUCCAUACCAACGGUAAUGAUGGCAAUAAAGUACAAACAGGAGUGGCUGCUCUUGCAGUGCCAAAUACAAAUACAACACCUAAUCAAUGCUCCUACUCUUCCUCUGCUGUACGCCCAAAUGAAUCGUUAACGAAACCAAUGCCGAAUUGCGUAAAAGAUAUUGAAAAUCGAAAUGCUGUUGAUGUGACUGACAAGUUUGCGUAUGAAAGUUUUUUCCAUGAUCAAAUUUUGAAGAAAAAACAGGAUUAUUCAUAUCGCAUUUUUCGUAAAGUAAAUCGUUUAGCUGGACCUGGACUUUUUCCACAUGCUUUGGAAUAUUCGAAAGAAGAAAGACCUAUUACUGUGUGGUGCUCAAAUGAUUAUCUUGGCGUGUCGGCACAUCCGAAAGUGAAGGAAGCAUCAAUCAAAGCUAUUGAGUGUCAUGGUACAGGAGCUGGCGGUACACGUAACAUAUCAGGCAACUCUUUACACCAUGAAAUGUUAGAAAAACGUUUGGCGCGACUUCAUCAGAAGGAUGGUGCACUUGUAUUUACUUCAUGCUUCGUUGCAAACGAUUCAACAUUAUUCACUUUGGCAAAACUACUCCCUGGUUGUCAUAUAUUUUCUGAUGCAGGCAAUCACGCAUCUAUGAUACAAGGCAUACGAAAUAGUGGCGUUCCAAAACAUAUAUUUCGACACAACGAUCCGAAACACCUACGAUCAAUGCUGCAACAGGUUGAUCGGAAUGUACCGAAAAUAGUCGCUUUUGAAACCGUACAUUCAAUGACUGGCGCUAUUUGCCCACUUGAGGAGUUGUGUGAUGUGGCACAUGAGUAUGGCGCUUUAACAUUUAUCGAUGAAGUACAUGCAGUUGGUUUAUACGGUCGUAAUGGUGCAGGUAUAGGGGAGAGAGAUGGCUUACUGCCGAAAAUGGAUAUUAUAUCUGGCACUUUGGGCAAAGCAUUUGGAAAUAUUGGUGGUUAUAUAGCGAGCACUGCAACUUUGAUUGAUAUGAUUCGUUCAUAUGCUGCUGGUUUUAUAUUUACCACAUCAUUACCACCAUCUGUAGUCUGCGGUGCUUAUGCAGCAAUCGAAUUACUUGCCUCUGACGAAGGACGUGCAUUACGCACCAAGCAUCAAAGCAAUGUAAAAUAUUUGAAAAGCUUAUUGCAGCGUGAAGGUUUUCCUGUGGAAGAAACAAAAAGUCACAUAAUACCAAUUCGCAUUGGUAAUCCGUUAAAAACCACUCAGAUAUCGGAUAUUCUACUACAUCAAUAUGGACAUUACAUGCAGGCAAUCAAUUAUCCGACUGUGGCUCGCGGUGAAGAGAAAUUACGUUUAGCACCGACUCCAUUCCAUACGGUCGAAAUGAUGCAACAACUGGUGUCCGAUAUGAAACGCGCUUGGAAAUCGUUGAAAUUACCAAUGGCCGUACCCGAUUGCCCAGAGGGUUGUUUGUUCUGCAAUAAUGGUUUAGGAAACGUAUCGAAUAUGUUAACACCGCCAACGGUAAAUGGUGAUUUGAGAUGCCAAGUUCCGAACUGCCCAAGAGUUGUUGCUGCAACGGCUUAAUGCAUUUUUUUUACAUAAAUACAUAUAUACAAAAUAUAAAGCACAUACAUAUACAAAUUUACAAAUAUCAAUUGAAUUUUGAAUGGGUAUCCGUACAUAGUAAAAUGCGAUUAUAGAAUUGCUAAUAAAAUAAUGCUUCAAGCGAAAAAUUCAGCAUUUUGCAUAAAUACAUA